UUGACAUCCAUUUACGAUCACUCGAUAUUCGAAGCGUUUUCCAAAGUGGUCCAGAAGUUGAUCCCACAGUUGCCAACACUGGAAAAUCUACUCAAUAUAUUCAUUACGAACUCUGGAAUAGAAAAGGCGUUUCUAUUCGAUGUCGUGUCGAAGAUAUAUAUCGCCACCGAUUACUCGCCGGUAGACAUGCAGUCAUACGAGUUGUGUUGCGAUAUGAUUGACGUCGUGAUCGAUAUUUCAUGCAUAUACGGUGACUUUAACUAUACCGUCAAAGAGGACGGAGAGAACAGUACAUUCGAUGGCAGCUCUUCGUCGACCAUAAAACUCAAUUCCGGAACCGUUUUAUAUCUGCGAGAAGUGAAUAAGUUCUUAGCGCUGGUCUGUAUCUUAAGGGAAGACAAUUUCGACAAACAGGGACUCAUUGACUAUAACUUCCAAUGCUUUCGACAAGCGAUUCAAGAAGUGUUUGAAAUCAAGUUUAAUAAACAUAAACCUCAACAACAAAUCGUUAACAACUCUCUCGAUUCCACGCAUAGUAACGGCUAUAAUAGCGAUCAAAUCCAUUGAAAACUCUAGUUUUAUAAAUAUUUUAUUAUUAUUAUUAUGUCUUAAAAUCUCUGUAUUGUUUCCACCGAAACAUACAUUACAACUGAAAUGCAUUACAACAUCAAUUGUUUUCCUUUGUAUUCCUAUCCAAUCAAUCAGUUUUUGUGUAAUUUCUUCAACAGAUUUAUUUGUAUUGAUUUAUUUGUCUCAUUAAUCGUUGCGUUUUGGAUACAAAACAAAACAAAAAAGAGUUUCCAAUUAUAUCUGUUUUGAUGACAGAAAAAUGUGCAGAAAAUGAAUGUUAAAUAAAUUGUAAUAUUUAUUAAAAUCAUAAUUAUAUUAUAUUAGAGCUGAGA